AAACGUACAAUGUAAAUACCUUUUGAAGGCCCAUUCUUAAGCAGUAAUUCUUAUCAUAUUUUGGGAAUAAUCUUUUUAUUUGUACAUUACUUAAUCUUUUUUUUAGUAACCUUUCUAAAAAUGAGUCACUUUUGCAUAUGUUAACUGAUUUUGUUUAUCCGAAAAAAGCGGGCUGAAUGUUAAAUGUGAAUACCUGAUAAGAACGAAUGAUUAGCUGAUACAUACAUAUAUCUCUACACAUUUAAAAAAAUCUUAAUUGUUCACAAUUAUUUAUGAAUACCAGUUGUAACAUCAUAGUUUCUUUGGCUGUAAAAGUUGCUUUCGAUUCUGAUUGAGAUUUCAUAAAAAAAAAAUCAUUAACUAAUAGUAUUUCUUUCAGUGUUCAAUUCGUGUGUAUCGCUUGCUCGUUCAUUACUUUCAUUAUACAUUGUCAAUGCUCUGAUACCUGGUGUUUAUUACGCUCCAGGUCACGUUUGGCAGCAGCAAACUUCAUCACAUGCGUUGCCUCAGUGCUUACGGUUUGGCCGGCACUGGAGUUAACUGCCUUAACUGUAAUCUCAAGGGUUUCUUUGUUUACAUUUUAAAGAUAGGUAUAGCAUUAGAGGCUUGGAAAAACAAAAGCAGUUCCACAAUUCGAAGAUUUAUUUGACUCAUCCGCCGAGUGACCAUUGAUUGUUGUUAAGCUAAUGGUUGCAGAUAAGCUGCGGCUCACCGCGCAUUAAAUUUCAUAGUGAUGAGUAAUAAAACAAAAGUUGGCGAAAUGCCGCAUCUAAGGUCGUGGCGUAAAGCCUUCAACCUGAGAUACUUAGAUACCGAAUCGGACAUUUAACAGCGGCCAUCUGAGCAAACAGCAACCAGAUACAUACUUUCAUGAGCGUUUCAGUUAUUUUUGAUAACUACACGUACCCACCCGACUGACGAUGAGAAAAUAUUUACACUUCAGGGGGUUUACUCUUGUUUUUCGGUAUAUGUACAUCUUUCCUCUGGAGCAGCAUUGUUAUGUGGGCUGCCAUAAAUCCGAGAAUUGUUAAUGCAGCUGUCAUCUAUCCGCACACAGGUUGCAAAUCAAAUCAGGCGAAGCUCCCUUAUCUAUUUUGGCCAGCUUAUCUUGAUGAGCGGACACACACACCUGCUAAACGCACUUGAAAUACUUUUAGAUGGUGAGAUAUCUCUGAAUUCCCCCCACUCGUGAUCCUUGGGAAUCGUUGCUUUGCUCUUGACGUUUCACAAAUCAUUCCGAACUUGUGGAGUAUUUAUUUCUGACGCACACACCUUUCCCCACAUUGCUCAUUUCCAAUGAGAGCGCUUCCGGAGGAACCUGUCCGAGUGGUGAAGGCGUCUGCGAGAUUCAAAUGCAAUGCCCCAAGCAGACGGCACAGAUCCUGAAAACGAUUCCAGUUACUUCUUUGACACCGAUUCCCAGGAAUCAUCCACACCGCCCACCUAUGCAAUUAAAGAAGCGGAGGACGAUAUUCUAGAGACUCUGUACAACAAUCCGACUGCCAACAAUCGUGCUCCCUCCUCCGUGCUAAACAUCCAGCCUGGCCCCUUCAAUAAGCUUAACGAGCGUACUCUGUCCUCAUUGGGCUUCUCGUCAGCCAGUUCGAUCAAGACACGGGAAAUUCGCAAAUCACUGGCGGAGAAAUCAAAUUUGUACCCGGAACUUGUACAUCUUGUGCGGCGACGAGUCAAGCCCAAUUCGAUGAUCAACAUCGGAAAGAGCCAGCAUCCUGUGCAUCUAAUGGUGCUUCAGAGCUUCUCGCGAACGUUUCGUGAUGUCAGUAACGAGUUGAUCGUGGAUCUGGCCGAGGAGAAGGUGACGCCGCGCGCCUUCAGCCUAAUCUACGACUGGAUGAUCGAGGAUACGCCGAUUCUGCCGCGCCUCGGAUUGCUUGAGGUGCUCCAGGCUGCCAGUUUCUUGCAGAUUCCGCAGUUGGUCAGUCAGUGCAAGUAUUGUCUGGAUAAUGGCAUCAAGGAGGCGUCGGCAGCGAUGCUGUAUUUGGAGGCUAAGAUCCUGAAACUGGAGCAGAACCAUCGUCACUUUCUCAAACGUGUCUCCAAGUUCUUCCUCACGCUGGUGGCCUCCAAAGAGUUCCUGCGACUGCGGCUGAACCCCCUGCUCAUGCUGAUCAUGUCGAGCGAUAUUGGCGUUAAUACUGAGCUGGAGGUGUUCAUGGCAGCCGUUCGAUGGCUAAAUCACCAGUGGCCCCAACGGCAGGGAAACAUAGUUGCGGUUGCCACCAGCAUACGUUACGGUCUGAUCCCGCCGUGGUUGCUCAUCCGUUUGCAGAAGCCCGACAUCACCGCUGUGGAAGUGAGGAGAAUCGUAACGGAGUCAGAGGUGCGACAAGCCAUUCAUGACGGCAUCGCCUACACCACCACGCGACUCUUCUAUGGAGCUGAUCGCGAGGCCUUCAAAAAUCACUUGCACAAGACGAGCGCCCAGCCGCCGAAGCAGCGGAAUUGGAUCUACGAUCGAAAGUGCCGCUAUCACCAUCGCUUGCACUGCACGAUCACGUUGGACCUAACCUACGAAACGUUCGUGGAGUACCUAAACUAUCUGCAGAAGCAGAACCGGGACUAUUGGCAUUCCAUGGAACCCGCGGAGGCCAGCAAUGUGUGUUUCAGCUGCCAGGCCUCGGCCAAAGAAUCGGUUACAAACCAAUUGAUUUGACCUUAGAUUUUGUUUGUAAAAAUUGUGAAAAUAUAUCUUUAUACUUAUAUCUUAUAUUUUAGGUA